UAUAUGCAUUCGACCCAUCUUUGUUCCAACUCUUCAUGUGCGUUCUCAGGGCCGAGGGCAGCAGUAAGAUCCACUCUCGCCUGGAGCAGCAGACCAGCCGCCUGAGCCAGCAGAUGAAGAGCAGCAGCAGCAGCAGCAGCAAUAAGACCCCCACCAGCACCAAGAGUUCUCCCCCCAAAGAGAAGACGUCUCCAGCAUCGCCCAUGGAUGACAUCGAGAGAGAGUUGAUGGCAGAGGCGCGGGUCAUGGACCAGCUGAGCAGCGGCGACAGCUCCUCAGACUCAAACAGCUCUUCGUCCUCCAGCAGCGACGACAGCUCCAGCAGCAGCGACUCAGAGGAUGAACGAAGGCCUGCUCCGCCCCCGCCCCCGGCCAACCACAGCAUGCCUAUAAUCACCAGCAGCACCAACAACAGCAGUCGCCACCAGGAGAGCGGAGGAGGACUCAUGAACACACUCAGUGAGUAA